CUUAAAGAAGCCUGGCAGAUUUCGCAGUGUUCACUACACACCGUUUUCUUUAUCGAAUGCGACAACUUUACUUUGCACGCUUUUUCCGAGCAUCUGUAAGGUUUUUGAUGAUGAAUGUAGAGGGGGAAGGAAUUCAAGCGAAAAUAACGUUGAAUGAUGGUUACCAAAUGCCUUUGUUCGGCCUCGGUGUUUACAAGGCUAAAGGCGAGGAUUGCCGUAAAGCAGUGAAGUUUGCACUGCAGAAUGGAUACCGCUUGAUCGAUACAGCUACUUUUUACGAAAAUGAAGCUGAAGUUGGACAAGCAAUCAAAGAGUCAGGAGUGAAGAGGGAAGACAUCUUUGUGGUGACUAAACUCUGGAAUGAUGACCAUGGAUAUGACAAAUGUUUAAAGGCUUUUAGGACAAGCCUGAAAAAGUACAAUAAAACUGUACCACAAGUUCUUAUCCGAUGGAGUGUACAGAAAAAUUACAUCACCAUUCCCAAGUCCAGUAAACAAGAAAGAAUUUUAGAAAAUGCAGACAUAUUUGACUUCACUAUCAACGAAGAAGAUAUGGAAACUUUGGAUAAUAUGCCCACAGAACAGUGCGCUAUGUUGAAGGAUGUCACCAACUGACCUUGGAGAGGUUAACGUGAAGUCUCUCAAGCCAUUCACGAACGAGAAAGCUUCUUCACUGAUCAUGAAACAGAUGCACAACUUGGAAAAUACAUGUACACUUUACUCUGUGAUUUGAUGACCCUUAGGCUCGUUUAUGAACCUUUCCAGGGACCGUAAACAAACAUGCAUGCUUUCUUCUUGAUUAAUAAAUAUUUUUUGAUCUGCUAGCCAAUGUUGAUUCGCUUAUUUCAGUAUUUUGUGAAAAUUUUGCUUAUCGAAAUUGGCGACUUUGAAGGCCGUUUUUAAUAAUAAUUCUUAGUAGGGCGCUCAGCAUUCAAAUUCCUUUCAUAUGAAUCUUGCAUCUUCCCUUUAGAUGAUGCGUACCUACAUUUCAAUUAAGGCGACAUCCUCCAACUGCUAAGUUUGUAUUCAUUAUCAUUAUCUGUUUGUUGACUAAUGCCUUCAUUUUGUUCGGAGAAUUCACAGGUUAAUUGCUUCUUUGAGUUAGUGGGGUUAAUAAUUUUUUUUCCUAAAUGAAGCGCGAUAACCAAGGUAGUUUUCUGUAAUAAAACGUUUACAGGCUAGCUUUUAUUAUCUCUUCUCAUUGACAUUGAAUUUUUGCAUAUGAAAUAGCUGUCCACACGAAGUCCAAAUGGUGGAACAUUUAGUAUUGUUCCUUGGCUACCCCUCAGUGUAAUUGCUGGGGUGUGCCGCUUGGUUCUUGUCCCCAUCUCAGACCAAAACAUGCCAUUUUCAAUUUUUGUUUUUCAGACAUGGGCCCUGUUUCUCGAAAAUUUCGUCAAACAAAAUUUACUGCAAAAAGUUUGAACUGCAUAUGAUAAAACGUCUCUUUGAUACGGCUUUAGUUGACAGAUAAUUCCAUUCAAGUAACAAAAAGUUCGGUCCAAACCGAGAAAGUUCCUCCACAACCUUUCAUGAAGAUACAUCUCUAUUUUGGGGGACACUUUUUUAAGACAAAGUGGCUCGCCCGAGGGAGAUUCUGCUCAAGGAAAGUAAGGAUAAAAGAUGGAGUGGGAGGGGGUGAGGCUGAUCUGCUGGCUCAUUGAUAUAAAGUAUUACUGAGGUAUUCAGCAAACUUUUAUUACUAAGGCUAUAGAUUCAAAGUAAUGAUGUAACGUAUUAUCGUAUUAUAAGAUAAUGGACACUGCUAAGAUAUCGUGAUGAUCUCUUGGUAAUACAGUAAUGGAACGUUCAAGUUGUUGCCGACUUUGACUUAUGGCUCAGAUAACUAUUUUAAGUCGACAAAUCCUCGUUGGAGCUUUUAAUAUUCCCUCAAGGGCUGCAAAAAAAUAAAAGCAGAAUGAGUAAAUAUUUAUCAUA